AUGAGAACCCAAACUGCUGUUGGGGUGCUAUGUGCAGUUGUUUUCUUCCAUUUGGUAUCCAGGAUGGCACGUGCUAACGCCAUCGGUAAGUGCAAGUCGCAAGAAUCAGCCUUCCAAAAAGCCCUUCAAGGACACACAUAUGACACAUUCAAAGUCAAUAGCCUGCAUGUUUGCGUCAUGAGAUGUAAUAAAGAAGAAAAGUGUCAGAGCAUCAACUUUGUUAUCGACGAAAGUAUCUGUGAACUGAAUAAGCAAAGCAAGGAGGCAAGACCAGAGAAUUAUGUUACAGACCCAAGACGGAUUUACAAGACAGUACAAUUUGGUAGAGGUGGGUGCUUUCAAAGUAUCGUGAUCUUAAAAAGUUGGUCUUUUGAUUGUAUGUAUAUGUGUAUGUAUUUUUGUAUACGUAUGUGUAUUUUUUCUUUAGAGAGGGUUAUGAAUAUUGAGAUCUCAGAAGUGUAA